AUGACCGCCUCACUCCUCACCCUAGAUGUCAAGGGCGCUUUUGAUGCCAUGCUUCCAGGCAGACUGAUCCGCAGAUUACGUGAGCAGGGCUGGCCUACGAAUCUCGUUCUCUGGAUUGCCUCCUUCGCCACUGGACGAUCAGUCCAGAUCCGACUCAAUGGAGAGAUCAGCCCCUCAACAGAGAUUGCCUGCGGUCUUCCACAAGGAUCCCCAGGAGCUGCAGAGGGCAUCACAUUUGCGCCAGAUAAAUACAAGCUUCUUCACUUCUCCCGACAUAAAGUAGACCAGGACCCAACCUACACACCCUCAGUGAAAGCUGGAUCUAUUACAAUAUCAGAAAAUACUAAACGGCUAUAUCUACGUUGGCUAGGAAUCCUCUUUGACAAAAAGCUAACGUUUAAAUGGCAUGUUGGUGAAACAGCAUCUAAAGGCCUCACUGUGGCUAAUGCCCUUCGCUCUCUAGGGAAUACUAUCCGAGGAGUCAAACCUCAUUUACUAUAG